UGUUAUUUCCAAAGACCGACUUUUACUCUUCCUUUUACAUGUCAUUACUUCUUCAUCGUUUCUUCUUCCUCUUUUUACUAUCUCCCUAGCCUCGGUACUUAUGCUCAUGCAUUAUGGAAGCUUGAGUCAGAUUUGCUUCCGGGUAGGGAUAUGGCUUCUUCAUGGUUUAUCAAACUUGCUUUCAAAUGCCUUCAUCAUAUAGCAUGGCCUCUUUUUGCUCUGGUGUUUCCUAUGUGUGCUUCCAUUCAAGCAAUCGAGACUGAUUCCAAUGCAGAAACUAAGAAUUUAAUCUCAUAUUGGAUACUUCUUUCGUUAAUAUAUCUCUUCGAGUAUGCUUUUAUCAAGCUUCUUCUUUGGUUUCACCUCUGGCAGUACAUUAAGCUAAUGAUCAUUUUCUGGCUCGUGACGCCAGACUUUGGACGAGCUUAUUAUGUUUAUAAUAGCCUUAUUCGCUCGAUGAAACCUCAAAUAGUCACAUGCUGGAGGAAGUGUUUUCCUGAGAGUGAUAACUUUUUAGUGCAUGGAGAGAGGUAUGUGAAAGAGAAUGGAACUGAAGCCUUAGAGAAACUCAUUACUAGCAAGACAAAUGGAGAAAGAGUUCAAAUUGAGCAGAAAGACAUCAAAGAUUUGGAGGCUAUUGAGAAAAAAGAAAUUCUUGUGCAGACAAAUGGAGAAAUACAGACAGAGAACAAAGACAUCAAAUAUUUGGAGGCUGUUGAGAAAAAAGAAACUUCUGUGCAGGCAAACGAACAAAUACAGACAGAGAACAAAGACAUCAAAGAUUUGGAGGCUACUGAGAAAACAGAAAUUCCUGCAGCCAAACAAAUAACAUAUGCUAAUAUUGUGGCAAGUCAAAAAGCGUCACCAGUCAUAGUAGAAACCAAAAGAACAGCAGAAAGUGGGAUAGCUGGUGGAGAGGCGGUUCAGAGUUUGAUUUGCAUAGAGAAGGAAGUGCAGAGAGAGUGGACAUGUGCUUUAUGCUUGGUUAAAGUUACCUGCGAGAAAACCCUGAAUUCCCACCUUAAGGGGAAGAAACACAGGGCUGCUUGUGAAGAAGCUUUGAAAUUGAAGAUGCCAUCUAGUCUGCCGAAGAAGCUGACAGAACCAAUAAGGAUUGUUAAUUCCAAAAUAAUAUGUAAAGCGUGUAAUGUUAUGCUUCCAAGUGACGACUGUGUGGUAUCUCACAUAAAAGGGUGGAAGCACAUGUCUAAUCUUCAGAUCAAAUCUAAGAGUACGAAAUAUGCUCGAGGUCAAAAUCUUGUGUCCUCAGCUGGAGUGAAGUUUCAUUUGUUCUGCUUGUCUUCCCGUGCGAUGCUUAACAUUGAGACUUUAUCGUGGUUCCAUGUCGGUUGUGCAGCUUGCUUACUUGGUUCCCUAGUUGGUAGCUUCGUCUUCUUACUUUCCUUCCAUCUCCCAACUAAACUAGUACUACUUGAUUAUUUUAUUUACUCACCACGACCGACUUUUGAUUUUCCUUUUACAUCAUCGUCCUAUUUAUGCUCAUGCAACAAACAACCAUUGACACCUUUAGUUUCCUCUAUGGCUUCUUCAUGGUUUCUCAAAUUGGCUUUUAAAUUCCUUCAUCAUUUCGCAUGGCCUCUUGUUGCUCUGCUGUAUCCUAUGUGUGCUUCCAUACAAGCAAUUGAGACUGAUUCCUAUGCGGAAACUAAGAAUUUGAUCUCAUAUUGGAUACUUCUUUCAUUUAUUUAUCUUUUUGAGUAUGCUUUUAUCAACCUUCUACCAUGGUUUCAGCUAUGGUUGUACAUCAAGCUAAUGAUAAUAUUCUGGCUCACCAUACCAGACUUUGGACGAGCUUCUUAUGUUUAUAAUAACGUUAUUCUCUCCAUGAAACUGCAAAUAGUCACUUGGAGGUUAAGUAACUACCGGACGAAGUGGUUAUUUGAGAAAGAUAACUUUUUAAUGCGCGCAGAGAUAUAUAUGAACGAGAAUGGAACUGAAGCAUUAGAGAAACUCAUUGUUAGCAAGAAUACAAUGUGUAUACCUCAUAUAGAAGGGACUAAUGAUAUCCUAGCUACGGAUAAUAAAGAAACAUCGAAGACAAAUGUAGAAAGAGUGGAAACAAACAUUAAAGAUUUGGAGGCUAUAGUUAAAAAAGAAAUUCCUGCAAACCAGCGAGAUAUUUCUGUUAUAUCUGAAACUGUGCCAAGUCAAAAUGCAUCAACAGCCACAGUAGAAAACAAAGUAACCACCGAGAAUAACAUAGCUGGUGGAGAAGUUCCUCAGAGUUCUACUUCUACGCAGAAGGAAGUGCAGAAAGAGUGGAAUUGUGCUUUAUGUUCGGUGACAACAUCGAACGAGAUAACCUUGAAUUCACACCUAAGUGGAAGGAAACACAGGGCUGCUAUUAAAACUUUUAUAGCAAAGAAGCUACCUACGUUGCAGAAGCUAAACUAUGCAGAAGCCACAAAUGAAAUCACUGCUACCGAGAGUAAAGAAACACUAAAGACAAAUGGAAAAAGACUCCAACCAGAACAGACAGAAAUCAAAGAUUUGGACGCUAUUGCAAAAGAAAUUCCUGCAACCAAGCAAAGAACCAGUGCUACUACGGCAAGUCAAAAGGCAUCGUUUGCCAUAAUAGAAACCAAAGGAACAUUGGAGAGAGACACAGCUGGUGGAGAGGUUUCUCAGAGUUCUACUUCUACACAGAAGGAAGUGCAGAAAGAGUGGGCUUGUGCGUUAUGUUUGGUAACAACAUCGAGCGAGACAACCUUAAAUUCGCAUCUUAGUGGAAGGAAACACAUGAAUACUAUUGAGGCAUUGAAAGCAAAGAAGCAACCCACCCAAGCAAAAAAGCAACCUACCCUGGAAAAGAACCUCUGUGAACCAUUUAGGAUGGUUAAUUCGAAAAUAAUAUGUAAAGUUUGUAAUAUUAUGCUACCAAGUGAGGAGUACAUGGCCUCUCACAUAAAAGGGUGGAAGCACUUGUCUAAGAUUCAAAGUUGAUGGUUACUUUAUAUAACCAUAUCAGAUGGAACUUGCUUUGAAACUAGUUGAAAAGAAAUUGGUGUAUCAAGCCUUCUUAUGCCAAAACGUUGCCCAAUGUAUGCUUGUUGAUGCUCUAGGAAACGUUAGAAUAACAGUUUAAUUAUUUUGUUGUUUUUUAUCUAUAUUUACUUUUGAUUGAAAAAAAUGCACUUUAUGUGACACAAGUUGGUGAUAAAACUAAUAUGAUGAAAAUUAAU